AUGGUCGGCAAUGGUUGCGUGGCAAUCGCAUGUGACAAACGCCUGGGAAUGAACGGACAGCACACUAUCGGAUCAAACUUUCCCAAGGCGUUCAAGGUCACAGACACAUCCUAUUUCUCUGCCUGCGGAUUGGCAACCGACAUCCAAACCAUGAAAUCGGAAAUCGAAUUCAAGACCAACAUGUACGAGCUCCGCUGCGAGAGAACUAUGGGAGUGAAGACUUUGGCGCACAUGGUUGGAUCCCUGCUCUACUCGCGGCGAUUCGGCCCGUGGUUCGUCUCGUCUGUGGUUGCGGGGCUUGAUAAAGAUACACCGCACAUAUACUGCUUCGAUCUUAUCGGUGCUCCGUGCAAUGCUAAGGACUUCGUUGUCGUUGGCACUUGUUCGGAGCAGUUAUACGGUAUAUGCGAGUCGCUGUAUCGCCCUAACAUGGGACCCUCCGAGUUGUUCGAAACGAUAUCACAGUGCCUUAUGGCUGCGAUUGAUCGUGACUGCCUGUCUGGUUGGGGAGCGGAGGUUCACAUGAUAACCCCUGAAAAGAUCACAGUGUCAACUCUGAAAACAAGGAUGGACUGA